AUGUCAAAGAAAGGAGCUUCAAUGGAAGAAGGGGUAGGGCUUCAAUGUCAAAGAGCUGAGGUCAAUGUCAAAGAAAGGAGCAAGGUGAAAGGUCUAGGGUUCAAAGCAAGGAGAAACGAAGGAGCAAGGUGCAACAUGAACAAACACGCGAGGGUUCAACCGAAGGAGCAAGCAGAAAUGUCUAGGGUUCAAAGCAAGGAGAAAGGUAGCAGAAAGGAAGAAGGUGGAGGAAGAUACUUGGGCUUCCCUGCAGUGGUGGGUAGAAGUAAAAGGGCUAACUUUAACUUUAUUAAAGAUAGGGUGUGGCAAAAAAUCAGCUCUGGGAGUGGGAGGAUGUUAUCAAUGGCGAGAAUAGAAGUCCUUAUAAAAUCAAUGGUGCAAUCUAUCCCUACUUAUUGUAUGAGCAUUUUCCAAAUACCACAAUCUACUGGGGAUGAGAUUCAAAAGACGGUGAAUUAUUUUUGGUGGGGGAAGAGUACGAGAGGAGUGAAGGGAAUUCAUUUGUUGAAGUGGGACUUCAUGGGUCUUCAAAGCAGGCUUGGGAUUCAAAAAUCAGUUCGCUUUCAAUUUGGCCAUGUCAGGGAAGGAGGCUUAGAGAAUUAG